AUGGAAUUGCCGAGCUUUCACAUUCAGCCUGACUUUGAGAACUGUAUCAAUGAUGUAAAAAAUGGUAGAUUGAGUGAGGAGAAAUUCUAUAUUAAUAUUGAAACUAAUUCCAGCACUAUUAAGGACUAUAAUGUUGGUAUUUCGAGAAGGAACGAUGUGAUUAUAUAUGAUGCAGGGCUUGACAAUACAUUCUCUAAUCCAAAUAACGGAAUAUACGAGGGAACUUUUGAAAAAGGCAAAUAUAAAUGUCAGUUCAAACUGCCUGUAACGAAUUAUACAUCUCUGUUAUCGCCCAUGGAUAAUCCUGAUAAUAACAUCUUCAGCUCCUUUGAUAUUACGACAUUGCCAGAAAAAAGGCUUGCUAUUGGUGAGAGUACAGGAGAAAUUAAAGUGUUCAAAGAUUUUGAAUUGACACAUAGAUUAAACGGCCACAAGGAUUACAUUACAUCGCUGAGGUUCUUCCCUAGUGGUGAGGUGUUGCUGAGCUCCUCAAUUGAUAUGCGUCUAAAAAUAUGGUCUGCUGUGGACGGUUCUAACCCUAGAACAUUGCUAGGGCAUAUAGCCGCUGUGACGGACACAGCUAUUAUUGAAAGAGGCCGCAAUAUUCUUUCCUGUUCGCGAGACGGUACAGUAAAGCUUUGGGAUUGUGGUAGUGGCAAUGUAAUAAGGACAUUUAGAAGGACGGAAAUGCCUACAGACCCCAUAAACGUAAUAAAUUUGAAUGUACCAACGACAACAAAUGAAGUUAACCAAGAUAGCGGUGAUUUUAGCACCAGUGGCAAGACUGUUUUAGCCGCUCACUCGUCAGGAAUCAUAAGUCAUCAUGAUAUCUCUUCUAAAGCGCAAAUUGGACAGUGUCCUAAUCAAUUUAAUUCAUCAUGCACUUCGAUUUCGUUGAGAUUAGACAAGUUUAAGGAAAACUCGUCGAAGUACGUUUAUGCAGGGUAUGAAAAUGGUUGCAUUGCCCAAUGGGAUAUGAGAAAUCCUAAUAAGGCGGUCAGCCACGUAUAUAUAAAUAAGAACACUCCUGUAAAAUGUCUCCUAUGUUGCGAUAAUUCGCUUUACCUGUCAUCAGAUAACGAAAGUGCUUGUCAGCUGUCAUUGGACGAGAAUGGCCACUUGAGCAAUAUUGUGUCAUUAGUUACACACGAUGCAAAGAUUUUACAGUUCAAAGCCAAUGUAGACACUGAUUCAGUAUGGGCAGUAGGUACGACGUCUUACCUAGGUAAAUAUAAAGUUUGA